CUGGGAAGCCCGCCUGACAGUUAACCUAUGUUUAAGCAACUAGCCUGGCAACAGAGUUAGCCUGACAAACAGCUCCCUCUGCCAUCUCCUCAGGCAACCAUGGCGCUGCUCAGGCUCCUGUCGAUUUUUGCUUUACUUAUCUCUGUCCUCCACAGCCUGCCUUGGUCCAUAGAUAUCUCUGAGAGCCAAGGCCCUGGCACCAUCCUUCAGCCUUUCUCCUUCAACUGCUCCUCCUACAUGCCCACCCUGGAGUUACUCAGUGUGAGACCGCCUACCAGCUUCUUCAACAACCCCAGCCUGCACAGGCAUGAUAAGGGAAUCUAUCUGGGAAAGGUGACCUUGAGCAGCUCUGCUAGGCUGGAUGCCCUUGCAGUAAACCGCUAUGAGCUUCAGCUGCAGUACAAGUGUGGCAACUUUGUGCUAGCGGGACCACUCUUUGUGCACGUGCAGCGGGACCCCGGGCGUAUCCGGUGUGCUGGUCCAUUUGCCAGCCCAGCUGGGGAAUUCGUUUAUGUGCCAGAGACAGUCACACCUGGGGCCCUACUGUACGCUCUGUUGCUGCCAGGUCUAGGAGUCCAGAGAGCCCAGAUGAACAUAACCAGUGCCCAAGACCCUCCAUUCUUCCCCGGGCCUUUCUCCAUUGAUGAUCAGGGAUUUCUGCGAGCACCAUCCCAGGGUCUCAAAGGCCAGGCUCCAAAGACCUUCCAGCUGCAGAUUUUAGUGUCCUUAGGAAAAGGCCAAAGCUGCAAAGGGAUGCUGACAGUGAAGGUUUUGCCUGCGCCCUCCAGCCAAGUCUCCUUCCCACAGAAGGCCCAGAGUAUCACCAUCUCAGAGGAUCUGGUCCCUGGGAGCAAGGUGAUUCAGGUCGAGGCUAGGGGAUUCAACUUAUGCUAUGAAAUCUUCUCCCCACGACCCAGCCCAUUCUACUCCAUUGGACAAGCGGACGGGGUAGUGCGGACCACCGUGCCCCUGGAUUUGGCUCGCGCUCAGGGCGCCGGGGUCACGAAGCUGCAGGUGAGGGCCUUUGAGAAGCUCCGGCCUUGGGUCAGUGCGGAGUUCGAUCUCACGGUUAACGUGCGGGCGGUCAACCAGUGGCCCCCACGCUGCCAUCCUGCGCUACUGGUGACUCAAAUCCCAGAGACUGUUCCUGUGGGCACUGUGUUGAACACGCUCACUUGUGUUGACCCGGACUCUACCAGCGCCCCCCUCAGCUACCAGCUGCAGUUCCACAAUCCUCCGGACUCCGCCAGCCUCCGUCUUCGUGACAGAGUCCUUGAGGUGAAUACUACACUGGACUGUGACACUCCUGGGGCUUGCUUCCAGCAUGCAGCUUCCAUCUUGGUGUUUGAUAAUGGUCAGCCCCAGAUGACCACUGAGGUUCUGGUACUGGUGAUGGUAACACCCGUCAAUGAGUUCUCCCCAGCCUGUGUCCCACGAACGUUCCGAGUUCGGGAGGAUGCAGGGCCCCACACUCUGCUGGGCUCCAUAGUGGGCACGGAUAUGGAUUACCCUCCUAACAGCCUCGAGUACUACAUCUCUGGUGCCCCCCCCACCUUCGCUGUGGAUCGGCUCAGUGGCGAGCUUCACCUCCUGGGACCUUUGGACUAUGAGCAACAGAGGUUGUACAGGAUCACUAUUCUGCUGAUUGAUCACAGCCAAGACUGGGACCUCAACCUCCGUCGCUCAGGUUCAUGUACUAUAACCAUUGAGGUUGAGGAUGUGAAUGACCAUGCCCCCGAGUGUGAGCCUCCAUUUCAGGAACUCACCAUCUACACUCCCCUGGGUCGUAGCAUGGAGGUGACUAAGGUGUCAUGCUGGAUCCCUCAGGAGCCACAGCGCUCGGCGCUCUCCUACAGCAUCGUGGGAGGGAAUAGCCAGAGCCGAUUUAGACUGCAAGGGAGUGUCCUGAUGCACAAUGACACUGCAUUGGGGCCUCCGUGGCCAGAGCAGCCCUGCACCUAUGAGCUAUUGAUUCAUGUUGCUGAUGUGGGUCCUUCCAUCCCCCACCUCAGCACCACAGCAACCAUCAUUGUGCAUCUAGUUCCUUGGAGGGCCAGCACUGUGGCCACCAGCACCCACAGAAGCACAGUGUCCUCAACAAUGACACCCCUGAUUGUGACAGAUGUAGAGGCUUUCUGGAAGCCAGAGCCUUGGUUUGUGGUAGUGCUGACAGCGACUGGUGCAGUUUUCCUCCUGGUUCUGGGCUGGCUCCUCAGCAGGAUUCUACGGGGGUUUGCCCAGUCACUACAGGCACCAAACAAACCAGCCAGAGCUCUAUUGCUAAACAGCAUCCAGGGAAAUGCAGGAUCCAUUGAGAGGCUCAAGGAGGCACCAAGAAAGGAGAUGUCCCAGCACCAUUUUGAUGGCAGAGCCCACGAUGUCUUCCCUUCUCCCCGUCUCUCUCCUGUACAUCUGGGCUCAGGCACAGGGAGAGAUUACCUGUUCAACACGCGCACCGGAGCCCGGCAUUGGCUCUGAGGCCAAGCAGCUGCCUCACUAUGUGUGGAAUCCCCUUUUCACAUGAUCAUAGCCUCAGUAAUAAAGAGUACAGACAGAACACUA